CACCAAUGGGAUUCCUCGUGGGAACGAGCGUUUCUACGACAGCGUGGCUCCAGCUACUCUGAACUUGGUCCCUGUUUAAUCUGUGUCGCAGCAACAGGUCGAGAUAAUGUUCGUCCGUGUUUUAGAAUUGAUUUUUUUUCUCUACUUUGCCUCCCACAUCCCCAUUACACUGUUUAUCGACUUACAAGCGCUGCUGCCUGGACACGUGUAUCCCGAGCCGCUCCAGGCCCUUCUGCGCUGGUAUGCGGAGGAGUUCAAGGACCCCAUGGUGCUGGACCCUCCACACUGGUUCAAGUCCUUCAUUUUCUGCGAGGCCUUGCUGCAGAUGCCGUUCUUUCCCGUCGCAGCUUAUGCUUUUCUAAAAGGUGGCUGUAAGUGGAUCAGGACCCCUGCUAUUGUGUACUCCACUCACGUGGCGACCUCACUCAUCCCCAUCUUAGCCCACAUUCUUUUCUAUGAGUUCCCGGUGAAACCCCACGCCGGGCCCCAGACCCUGCAGGAGCGCUGGCUGCUCAUGUCCAUCUACGCUCCGUACCUCCUGGUGCCUGUGCUGAUUCUUCUCACCAUGCUGUUCUCCUCCACGUACAACUCCUCACCCUACUCCGACCAGGCACCUGCCAAGAAGAGGAAGAAGAGGAACUGAAACAUGACCACACUGCAGCUUCCUGAUUUACUGUGAUGAUAUCUGUGUGAACACUGAACCAGGAAGACGAUGCCGCUCUCAAAUCAAUCACAUUAAUAUAUUAUUAAACCCUUUUGUAUGUUCUGUGUUUCUAUCAGUGUGGGUAGUGAGUCUUUAGGUGGCUUCAGUGUGAACAGCCACAGAUUGGAAACCUGACUUUAUCGCACGCUGUAAAACCUGCAUGAAAUCCAUAUUUAUUUACAAUAGGACACAGAAAAACAUCAAGGCUUCUGUAUACAUGGUAAAACAUGCUCUAUUUUCAAUUAUAUAGCAAAGUUAACAACAGCAGCAUUUUAAAGCAACACAGAUGUGCUUCUGUGGUGGACUUUAGUGCAUGGGUUCAAGACUCACUGUGAACACAGAAUAGCUCAGUCACAAAGAGCCAGAUAAGAAGAGGACUAAGUAAAGCUUCACUGGGCCAGAGCGUCAGCUAAUAUGAUCUGUGUGAAAAUGUUCCAAACAAAUGUGGUCGGGUGAAGGAAGAUGUCACAGAGACGCCAGGAACGCACCUGUAAACUGUUAAAACACCGUCAUGUGGAUGAUGGAGACCCGAGACACUCCACAACAAUGGAUUUUGACAAUUUUGUAUUACUGCAUAUGCAAGGAGCACAAAUUAUAACAAUUGGGAUUAUAACUAAAACAUAAAUUAUGUUUAUAAUUUAGAUUCACAAAAAUUGGUUAUUAUCUUUAAUAUUUGUAACUAUAUAUGAAGAGUGUCUAUAGUUUGGUAAGCGAAACAGUUAUGAUUGAGUAAUAAUUAUUAAUUGAAUUAUUGAAUUAAAAUUAAUUAAUUUAUGAAUGGAAAGCGCGUGUCUGCCGCUCACAGAAAAAGGGAGUGUGUGAAGCAAUGUCAAAUGUAACUAGCAAAACUAAGGCUUGCAGUCUCAGAAACAGUGGGAAUAUAAUAUAUAAUAUAGUCAGCGAUAUAGUCACGUGAUCGCUGAAGCGCGCAGUGAUUUCUCCUUAAUUGAGGCAAACAAAAACAACCCCAGGUUUCUUUUCAGCACUGUAGCCAGGCUGACUAAGAGUCAUAGCUGUGCUGAGUCUACUAUCCUCUUAAAUCUCAGCAGGAAUGACUUUAUGGACUACUUCACUAAUAAAAUGAUCACUAUUAGAGAAGAAAUUCAACUCAGAGUGGAGUCCAGGGCGCAGAGUUUUUCUGGCGUGGUUUCAAUUUAUUAGAUUUUUCUAUUGGUCAUUGCCUGUUUUAGUGUACUAUUUUAGCCAUUGUUUAUCGCUGGCGAAUAAAUUAAAUUGUGCAAUAAAAUCUUUUUAAUCUUCUGA